CCAUCAUGCCCCGCGGCACGUCCUCCUUCCAGCUGUGUGUGUCUGUGGUUCGGGCGACAGCACCGACACCGAUGAGUCCGUUAUAACGAGAGUUCGGCUGUAAACGGAACCAGAGCCGCGGAGCCCGGUGGACCGACGACCCCUCUGCCGGUGGAUGCCGCUCACGGUGCGGAAGUCCGCCCGGAGGAGGAGGAACUACCCGGAUGAGAAGCUCCCGGAGCGGUCUUCUUCUUCUGCUGCUGCUCAGGUGAUGGCGCCCACGCGGAUGAAGCUUCGUGUGCGGCGGCGUGACAAUGCGUCCGUAGGUUCGAGCGCCGCAGCGGGAGGCGGUCCGCCGGAGGAAGAGGAGCAGAGGAGCAGAGAGAGCGGAGGACGCGGCAGCAGGAGGAAGAACACCAGCAAGGCUUCGACCGCAGCUCCCCCCCCCGCCGCCGCCGCCACCGCCUCCUCCUCUCCUCCCUCCUCCUCCGCCUCCGCCUCGGCGCGGGCGGUGAUGGCGGCGGAGGACGCGUCGCCCGACUCCAAGUGCCCGAUCUGCCUGGACCGCUUCAACAACCUGGCGUACCUGGACCGCUGCCUGCACCGCUUCUGCUUCCCCUGCAUCCAGGAGUGGUCGCACAACAAGGCCGAGUGUCCGCUGUGCAAGCAGCCCUUCGCCUCCAUCCUGCACUCGGUCCGCGCCGAGGACGACUUCAAGGAGUACACGCUGCGGCCGCCGCCCGCCAACAGCAGCGUCGCCGCCACCGUGGCGAUGGUGGCGGCGAUGGCGUCGGCGGCGAGCAGCGACCACCAGAUGAGGCUGAUGCUGAGGAGGCACAGGGGGGCGGACGACGGAGAGACGAACGCGAGGAGGCGGAGGAGAGACAGGGGAGGGAGGGGGGGGGGGCAGCAGGGGGGGGGGGAGGGGGCGGGAGUGUGGGAGUGGUACCUCGAUCCUCCUCCUCUUCCUCUUCCUCCUCUUCCUCACCACCCCGCCGUCUCUCCGGUGGUUGCGGAGGACGGCGAGGAGGGCGAGGGUCUGGAGGAGCAGAGGAUGAGGGGCGGGGUGGAUCUGGCGGAGCGUGGGGUAAUAUUCGAGGGACUGACGGGACUCGGGGGGGCAGUGGCUCCUGUUGCCCCUAACGACCGGGCAUCGCGGCGGCUGAUGACUCGCUUGGCGGCGAGGCAGCGGCUGCAGCGAGAGGGCGGGACUGUGCGGCGGCUGAGGGAGAGAGAAACGGUAGCUUUCCGCCGCGCCCUCUACCGCAGCGGCACACGGGUCCGCGGCGUCGCCGGGGUCGGUCACCAGGGGCAACAGCAGCGUGACAUCACAGCGGACAGUUUCCGGCGGAACCCCGUGCACCUGAACAGGCUCCGCCCCUGGCUGCGGCGAGAGCUCACGGUGCUGUACGGCGCACACGGCUCGCUGGUCGACAUCGUCCAGCGCAUCAUCAUGGCGCGGCUCGCCCGUCACGGCCUGGAGGACACGCCCACCAUAGAAGAAGAGCUGCGGCAGUUCCUGCUCGCACGCACCGACCACUUCCUGCACGAACUGGUCAGCUUCGCCCGCUCGCCGCUCAGCCUGGAGAACUACGACCUGCAGGCGGUUUACGAGCCGCCGGCCGCCGCCAUGGAGCUGGACGGCGUGAGCAGCUCCUCCGACAGCAGCUCCGUCAUCGCCAUUUCAGAGGGCGAGGAAGAGGAGCGGCGAGCAGGAGGAAGAUCAGAGGAGACGCGGGCGGCUCACGACGACAUAAUCCAGACCGGAAGCAACCUCAGCCUGGCGGCGUGGGAUGACGAGACUCCAGGCCCCUCCUACUCGAGCGCCGAGCCUUCGUGUUCGCUCGCCUCGCUGUUAUUCAGCCCCGCCCCUCCGGAGGCGGCCAAUGAGGAGGAAGGAGAGAAGCGGGAGGAAGAGGAGUGCGAGGAGGAGUGUCUGAUAGUCGGGUACAAGAAGCCGAUAGCAGAGCGAACCCCGGAGCUGGUGCAGCUCUCCUCUGACUCUGAGGAAGAGGAGGAGAAGAAGAAGAAGGAGGAGGAGGAGGACACGGCGGAGAAGCUUCCUCCUCUCGCCACCGCCACCCCUCCCCUCUCCUACCUACCCACAAUCCCUCCCUCCACGUCGGGCACCUACAGAGACGAACAGGACGACAAGCCGACGGAGAACGACGGCGAGGCGGCCGAGUGUCGCUCACGUGGUCGCUCGUGGUCGGGCAGCUCGGGGAGGAGCGGGAACUCGGUGUGCACGCUCAGUCCGGCGACGCCUCCUGGAGACAGCGAGCGGCGGCGGGAGAGAGCGAGCUGGAGAGAGCGGAAGCAGCCUGCCGGCGAGGGGGUGAGGGAGAAGAGGAGGAGGAAGAGGAGCCGGAGGGCGCGGGAGAGGAGUGGCGACGGGCUGAGGAAGAGCGGCACUCUGUAUAACCCCAACCGCUCCAUCUAUCCCGCCAUGAUGCGUCACCGCUCCCACUCCCCCUCGCCGUUUCACUCCAGCGUGGAGUCCGGCUCGCCGCUGCCUCCCAGCCCGUCGGACUCCACCUGGGAGUACCACUGCUCCCAGGUUUCCCCCCUCACCUCCUCUGUCUCCUCACCCUCCUCUUCCUCCUCUUCACCGCUCUGCUCCUCCCCGCAGCCGUCAUCGCAGACGCCGCCGACGCCUUCGCUCUCCCCCGGGGACGGCGGCACCCGCCACGGAGAGAAACCCGGCGGCAAGAGGAAGUACAAGAGCCGCCACCUGGACAACAGCGACAAGGACCCGACCUGGAGGCCGAGCAGCGACAACCACAGGGAGGAGAGGAGGGAGAGGAGGGAGACAGAGAGGAGGAAGAGGGGGAGAGAGGAAGGGAGGAGACGACAGCGGCUGAAGAGAGACGCUCACAGGGCGAUCGGCGGAGACGGCAGCAGCAGGAGGUGCAGAGAGGACCGGAGUCCCAGCGUGGAGAUCAUCUACGAGGGAACCAUCGCCGCCAACGCCACGCAACAGCCCGCCCGCAAACGCCGCAGGAAGAGACACCGCAAGACCCAGAACAGCAGCUCUCCGGUGAUCAUCACCCUCGACAGCGACAGCAGCCGCGACGACGCCAACAAGAUCAGCAGCAGCAGCAGCAGUCCGCUCAGCAGCCAGCAGACGGUCGACUUCUCAGACCUUCCUCCGCUGGCGUUGGUGCACUCUGGCGGCGUCGGCGGAGCCUUGAACGCAGAGAUCGGCGACGAGCUUCCCGUCGACAUCCUGGACCGGGGAUCCGACGGAUCGGAGACGGAGCCGGCGGGCCGGUCCGAGGCAGCCGGUCCCAUCGCCGUCGACAACAGUGAUCAGGACGUGGACGUGGAGAGCGUUGAGGAGAGCGGCGUACUGCUGGAGUCAGGAGACGAUAGAGGAGUGGCGAGAGAGGCUGAUACAACCACUGAAGGUUCUGUGGUUCUGAACGAAGUCGGUACCACAGCGAUGGAUCUGGUUCAUAGAGGAGGCUCCGAGGUCGCAACCUCUGACAGUUGUCUGCUCGCAGCGAUCCUCAACGACCUAAAGGGAAUCGCUGCGCCCACCAGGAGGCGUUUCAGGGAUCAGUGCGAGGUCAGUCGGGCUCAUUCGGACCGGGACGGCUGGUCAACUGAGACGAGACAUCCCAGUUUACCCGAGGAGCACCGGUCUAACAGCAGAGACCAGAAUCUGGGCUUUGACAUGCAGACUCUCCGUCCCUCCGUCCCCCCGCUGCCCCCCCUCGGGUGGCUGAAGGAGGGUAAAGACGUCCCUCCGCUCCUGAAACAGGCGAGUCCCGUCAGGUCUUACAACAGAAACACACCGCCGCCAUUAAAACACAAAGAUGCCGGGAGUCCCCACCUGUUACCCGUCUCUCCCGUUGACCUGCGCUCACCCCACACCCCCGCCGACGCCGACCCGGGUGCUUUAACCCCCCCCGUUGAUUCCCGUUUGGGUGCCGAGCUGCAGAGAGACCACCAGGCCAUCCCGUCCAUUUCCACGCUGAAGAGAAACUUCACGAGUGCGUUGGCGCUGCGAGGAGAGCCGACCUGUACCACAGACUCCGUUCCCUCGAAGGUCGGAGCGUUCGGCAUCCAUUCCACGAAUCACAAACCUCCCAUUGACCCCCAUUCUUUUACAAACAGUGCCGACUUCUUCCCACGUCUGAACUUUAACUCCCUUCAUUCUCAUAAGUCACAUUCCAGCCGUGAGAGCACAACGGUCGACUCCACUGGAACCAGUUCUUCACCCAUCCACUCCCAUCCUGUGAACUCUUUAUCUCCCGUUGGUUUCCAUCAUUCCGACUCUACCUCCAGUGGUUGCAGGAAUUCUCGGACUCUCAGCUCCACUGACCUCCAUCCUACUGAAGGCACGCCGGCAGGAAGUGAUGUUCUCUCAGGAGCUCACUGUAACAACACGUCUCCUGUUUCUGUUUCAUCCUCUGACGCUAGAACUCAGAAUCCCUCCUCGUCCUUUGACCCCCACUCCUCAGUGCCAACAGCGGCUGCUGGCCGCUCGCCCUCGACCGCUGACCAACAUCCUCGAUGUCCCAAAUCACCUGUUGACUUCCAUUCUUCAGAGCGACGGACAGAAAACAAACCAUCGUUAGUCAACCACGAGGAGAGAGCGCCUCGCGGUCACCUUCCACCCGUCGAUGUGCAUCCUGUGCCACCCGAACACUUCAACCACACAGCCUUAUCGUCCUCUCCAACCCGAGCUCACAACCACAUCGGUCCCAGCUCCGACCCACAGUUCCCCAUCGACCCCUGUUCCAAACACAACCCCCCCGUUGACUCUCGCCCCCCCGCAGACAAUCACAUCACGUCUUCCCCGCGGCCCGUUGAGAACCGGUGGAAGUCAAACGCCUCCAUCGACGCCCGUUCAGAGUCUCAGGCGCCGGCUGACGAACGCUCGGCCGGCGGCGUCUGGAACACACACACACACUCUGCCACGUAGGACACACACACACACACACACACACACACACACACACACACACACACACAUGGACACAAGAUACUUAAAAGUUUUGAGGACUUAAUGGAUAAAAUAUAAGAAACUGCUGAUUGUUGUUUAAUUUGUUUAUAAGUUGUCUUUCUGUGGCCAUUACGCUGUCUGAGAGUCGGAGCUCAAAUCAUUAUUUACAGAUGUUUUUUGGGGCUGAGACGACUAAUCAAUAUAUCGGUGCUGAUUGAUUAUUGUUAGUUUUGUUUAUAUUUUUAAUUAUUUUAAUUGGCACAAAUUGAUCCAUUUUCUGUUUGUUACAGACGGAACAGUAAAGAAUGAAAUGGUUAAAAUUAGGUUUACAUUUAUUUACGGGUGAACAUUUAACUGGAAAGUUGUUUUUAUUUGUUUGUUUUCAUGGUAAUUCUAAUGAUUAUUGAUACAUUGAUUGGUCCCAGCCCCGUCGAUGCAGAGUCGGGGAACGUUAACUUCCUGUUUGUGGGUCAGACGUUGGACGAGAACGUCGCUGUGAAGUUCAAAUCAAAGCGAUUAUAAAUAUGAUUAAAGACGAGGGAACGCCACUAUUUCCUGUCGGGAGUUCAGGAAGUAAACACUGUGUGUGUGUGUGUGUGUGUGUGUGCGUGUGUGCGUGUGUGUGCGUGUGUGUGUGUAAAAGAUUCCUGAAUAAAGGUUUGGUCAGAAAGUGUUUUGAUGAACUUCAGUCUUUCUUUAUUAUGACUUUAUAAUCAUUAACAUUAAUUCUGUGUGUGAAUAAUUAUAAUCAUUUAUCAUCAAUCAUUUCUAACUUUAAACUUUAUGGAUUAUUAGAAAGUAAAGCUCACAAUAACCAAUAUUUAUAAAGUGCAUUGUUACCAAAUAUAAAUAAUAAUAAAGUUGGGAAAUCAAUUAGCUGAUGUAUAAAACAUUAAUAGAUGAUUUAUUAGCCUUUAGGAAUCCUUAAGUUUAAGCCUUUAUAAUUAAAGUUAAAUAUAUAUUACA